UUUUGGUUUGUCAAGUAACCGGUGUCUAUUAUUUACAUGUCAACAAGACUAGGAAGAGUUAUAAUUGACACAACUUUACAUUUGUAAGCACAUGUUGCAAUCCAUCCUUACAAUCCAAGUUAUUACAAAUAACAGACUGAUACUUAGCUAACGUAAGGUUUGUGAGAUUACCUUUUAGAGUUAAGAAUGACCAACGUUACCAUGAAAAAUCCUGCCGCAAAGAGCAACUGUAUGCUGUGCAGAAUGUCAUUUAACAAAACAAAAGCACAUAAUCAUAUGCAGAGCCUGCAACACCACCGGGAACUUGAGGCUGUGACAGGCAGGGACUAUACUCAUGAUUGCCAGGCUUGUGGGACAAGCCACAUUGGUCUGAAGUGCUAUGCAAGUCACAUAUCUACACCUAAACACAAAGCCAACAUAAAAAAGUUGAUUCUGAAAAAUAAAAAGCCCAUCUUCGUUGAGUGGACCCUGGACAAUGAGACCCUUUCAAGAAUCAGGAUACGCAACAAAGAACUCAGACUUUCACAGAAAAAGAAAAGAAACAAGACAAAGAAGCACAACUUGCAGCAACAAAAGACAAUGAAACCUGCAACAGCAGAGGGGCGACAGAAGAACAUAACCCCUGGACAGAAUCAAAAGCAGGUGAAAAGACAGCAACCUCUGGUGAAGACCCAAACCAGAAUUGCAACAAGUCAGCCUGAGCAGAAGGAUCAGAAUAAGGAGAACAGGUUAGCUGGAAGACUUGGGUGGCUGCUGCCUGGAUACCCCAGCACACCCCAGCAUCAUGGUGGUGGAAAGUCUGAUAAACCGGAGAGACUUAGCCACAAUAAGCAAUCCCAGGCCACCCAAUCAACAAGCUCAAAACGAAAGGACCAUAAUAAAUCCAUUACUUCAGGUUCUUGCAACAACAAGCACCAGAAUAAAUUCACCAGAGAUGACGACAAUGAGAGGUUGUCAUUAGCAGGCAAGCUUGAAAAAGAAAAAAAUAACCCUCAAGGAGCUAAACCAGUCAACCACACUCCACACAAGUCAACUAUGUCCAUCAGCAGAGACAUGGGUCUUUAUAAUAGCUUUACUGGUAGUGGCACAGACCUGGACUACACCAAUGAUGACUUACCUGAAGCUGGGUCCAUAACAUUUCAUAUGUGGCCCAUGCCGAACAUUCCGGAAAGAGCCCCGGACUCAGGGAAAAGUGCACUCAACACUCCUGUGUCUACCUGUAGAUUACAUGACCCUAACCCAGGCCCUUCCCAGGUUGAAGACAAAGACAUUGGUCCCAUACGGAGUGAGGAAGUCACUGUGAUGCUCCACCAGAUUAGGAGGGCCCUGGGGAGGAGGGAUCCAUGCAGGGCCUCCAGUGAAGCACAGACUCAGCCGCACAGAGAAAAGAAAACAGAGCUGUCAAAGGCAACUGUGGACCCCAUGUCUGACACAAAAAGGCAGAUUAACGGGGAUAGUGCAGCCCAGGGAAGGGUGCCCAGACUCCGUACCCUGGAGCUGCCCCCCUCCCUUAGCAGACAUAUUAGUGAAGCAGGGCCUCAGCCCAACCUCAACACGGCUUGCAGGAUCCGGAACGCCAGCGAAUCAUGGAAGGGCCAGGCAGAGAAGGAGGCGGCGCUGAAGCCCACCAUGCAGAAACUGCUGAGCUUGUCUGGCUCCCAUAGGAAGGUCAACUGGAAGCUGUACCAGGAGGCCACCAGGAAAAACCAGCAGAAGGUCAAAGGCAUGCCCAGGUUUGGGAUUGAGCUGGUACAUCAUCUUUCCAACCCAGAGGGCUUGACUGUUGACGAGGAAAUUCCCCUGUCUGGGCACCAUGACCUGUCUCCUCCCCCAGCCCAGGCUUCACCUGACGGAGAGGGAGCGUCCAGGGCCCAGAGGGUGGAACAGCCCAGAGCAGCGUCAGGGUUCCCUGUCUCUCUGAAGGCAGAGCCUAGCUGGUGUCAUGGUGACGAUGGAGUAGUGGUCCACAGAGCUGAGAAGAGGAAGAGGUGUAACACUGAUAGCGAACUACCUGGUGUAUCUGCUGACCACAGUGGAGAAAGACAGAAGGGGAAAUUAAAGAAGGCAGACUCUGGCCAGGUGGAUCAGCUCUUAGCCGUGUCUCUGAAAGAGGAGGAGCUGAGCCGGUCCAUGCUGGCUGUGGACGCUUCUCUCAUCCAGGCCCGCAGCUCACUGCAGGCCGCCUACACCGAAGUUCAGCGGCUCCUGUUGGUCAAACAGCAGGUGAUUGCGGAGGUCAGUGGUCUGCGAGCCAGGCGUAUUGAGAUCCUACAGGGGAUGCAAGUUGGAUACUCUGUGGUGACUAGCAACGAGGACACCGCUACAGCGCUGUCGACCCACAACUCCCCUCCCCCUGCUCCUGUGCUGUCAAACCCCUACGUGGUCUCCUCCAUCCUGCCCCCCGUGGCCUUCUCGCCUCCCCUUCCCACCCUGACCGCGUCCCUGCACACACUGGGCCCCUUGCCCCCCACAAUCAACCCUGACCCCCAACACCUUCCCCUCUACAGCUUGCCAAGUCAGAUAUUGAAACAGGAGUAUGUUUUCCCACCCAGUCUGGAAACGGUUGCUGUCAGUCCGAACCUCCAGAGGGCUAGCCAGUCUCCGUCAUCACCCAUAACCACACCGGUUCCACCCAGUGUUGCCCAGCUGAUGCCCCCCACUGCCCCAUCAAACCCAGCCUCCCUGCUAGUCAACCUGCCUGCAGUGUCACCUCCUAACAACCAGAGGGAGGUAAAUGUCACCACUGCACCAACUCUCUCCAAGUCUGUGGAUGUUCGAGAAGACAAGUUGAGGCUGGAGAUGAAGAGAAGUUUGGAGGAUUCGAGUUCCUCCGCCAGCGACUCCGAGGAGGACCUCGAGGGGCCCAUCAAGGCCUCUGUGGCCUCGGAGUCGCUGGAGGACAGCGACUGUUCUAUCCAGAUGGUGGAGACCACCUCAGCAAGCCGCAUGGAGGAGGUAGUCGCCAUCGAGGACUCCGACAGCGAGGAUGACCGUGGUUCCCCUGCUCCUCCCCAGGCCAGCUCUACCCCUCCUGGGCCCCUGGAACCAUCCAUUGUGGAAGUUAGCUCCUCCAGCACCCAGACCAGAGUCCCCCCAGCACUCCUUAAGGGUAUCAAGCAAGACCCCCACAAGACGGGACCUUCAGAUGAAGAACCUUCUCUGGGGUUUUUUGAAGGCCACACAGGCCCUGUCCAUGGACUUCAGAUUCACGAAGGUCUGCUAUACACAUGCUCCGGAGACAACACAGCACGGACCUUCAACUUACAGAGCAGGCAGUGCCAGGCUGUGUUUGAGGGCCACACCAACAAGAUCAACUGCCUGCUGGUGUCGUCUCUGCCUGGUCUUCCGUCUCGCCUCUACACAGGCUCCAGUGACCAGACCGUCCGCUGCUACAGCAUCAAAUCUAUGAAGUGUCUGGAGCAGAUUUCCCUGUCUGACCGGGUGCUGUGUCUGCACACGGCCUGGAAGAUUCUCUACGUGGGCCUUGCCAAUGGAUCUGUGGUCAGCUUCGAGUUAAAGACCCAGAGGCAGCUGGAUGUGUUUGAGUGCCACGGCCCCCGGGGGGUGAGCUGCCUGGGCACAGCGCAGGAGGGCUCUCGCCGAGUGCUGCUGGUGGGCUCCUACGACAGCAGCAUCAGUGUCCGUGACGCCCGCAGCGGCCUGCUGCUCCGCUCCCUGCAGGGACACACCAAGACGGUUCUCUGCAUGAAGGUGGUGAACGAUCUGGUCUUCAGCGGCUCUAGUGACACCUCGGUCCACGCCCACAACAUCCACAAUGGAGAGCUGGUACGCAUCUAUAAGGGUCAUGGACACGCAGUGACAGCAUUAGCCAUCUUGGGGAAAGUGAUGGUCACAGCCUCUCUGGACAAGCUGGUGCGCGUGUACGAGUUACAGUCCCAUGACCGCCUGCAGGUGUACGGAGGCCACACAGACAUGGUGAUGUGUAUGGCCAUCCAUAAGAGUAUAAUCUAUACGGGCUGCUACGAUGGGACUGUACAAGCGGUGAAACUCAACCUGAUCGAGAACUAUCGUUGCUGGUGGCAGGGCUGCUCUCUGAUCUUUGCCGUGGCGGACCACCUCGUUCAGCACCUGCUCUGUGACCACAGUAAUGCACAGCUGCAGAAUGUCAAGUGCCGCUGGAAGUCCUGUGACGCCUUCUUUUCUGCCAAACAAUCCUCGCUGAAAGAGCUGCCUGGACACAUGCAGAGCCAUGUGAAAAAGGACAGCAAGCUGGAGACCUGACCAGGCCAGGAGGGCUGCCCCUGGUAGGGUGGGGGUGGAGAGGGAAUAACACAAAUUUUAUUAUACAAAUUGUAAAUGAUAUAUCCAGUUGUCAGGUUCAAUUAGACUUCCUUUUGGAGAUUAAUUUGGUUAUAAAGAAUGCUAGCGCUUUA